AUGGAAGAUUUUAAAAUUAAACAACAAUCAAUGACAAAAGCAGAACCUACACAUAUUCUACACGACAUCAAACUAUUCAUCAAAAAUGAUUCAAAUGCUUCAUUCAUUGCUGGAGGUGUUGCAGGAGCAAUUUCCCGAACCGUUGUUUCACCGUUUGAAAGAGCCAAGAUUUUACUUCAAUUACAAGGUCCAGGAUCACAACAAGCAUAUCAAGGAAUGUUCCCCACAAUUUUCAAAAUGUAUAGAGAAGAAGGUUGGCGAGGGUUAUUUAGAGGUAAUUUGUUAAAUUGUGUAAGGAUAUUUCCUUAUAGUGCUGUACAAUUUGCAACUUUUGAAAAAUGUAAAGAUAUAAUGUUACAAUAUAACCCAAGAAACAGUAAUCAAUUAAAUGGAUACGAAAGAUUAAUAGCUGGUUCUAUUGGUGGGAUCGUUUCAGUGGCAGUAACUUAUCCUUUAGAUUUGGUACGUGCUAGAAUCACCGUGCAAACAGCAUCUUUAAACAAGUUAAACAAAGGGAAAUUAACUCAUUCACCAAAAGUGAUGGAAACUUUAAAAGACGUUUAUAAAAAUGAAGGUGGUAUUCUAGCAUUAUACAGAGGAAUAAUUCCAACUACGUUGGGUGUUGCUCCUUAUGUUGCUAUUAAUUUUGCCCUUUAUGAAAAAUUAAGAGAAUAUAUGGAUAAUUCAAAGAAAGAUUUCUCCAAUCCAGUAUGGAAAUUAUCUGCCGGUGCAUUUAGCAGUUUUGUUGGUGGUGUAUUAAUUUACCCAUUGGAUGUAUUAAGAAAGAGAUACCAAGUAGCAAGUAUGGCAGGAGGUGAAUUAGGAUUUCAAUAUAGAUCUGUGGCACAUGCAUUGCAUUCAAUUUUUACAACUGAAGGGUUUUUUGGUGCUUAUAAAGGAUUAACAGCAAACUUAUACAAGAUUGUCCCAUCAAUGGCUGUGAGCUGGUUGGUUUACGAUACCAUGAAGGACUGGAUAAAUAAAUGGUAA